AUUUCUCCACAUCAACCCAUCUUCCAUCCACUCCUUCACAACGCGCAACCAUGUCCAUGUCGGUCACUACAGACGGCGGCGACAGUAUGCGCCGUAGCGCAGUGCGCAAUCCUAAACGACGACCUCGGAAACCCGAAGAAUCAAACAGCCCAAGUGGUCCGCAACGAAAGAUACGCAGAUUGAACAAGAAGCACGACCCUGAACCGCAAUCGCUUCCUGCCGACACGACAGAAUCGCUACGCAGUGGACUGAGUGCGCUUGCUGUCCAGAGCUCGGCCUCAUUCUCCCGCACGGGAGACGUCGGCGCGCGUCACAAGAGGUCGCCAAAGAGCGACAACAGCACCCUCUUGGCACAAACAGAACAGUACAGUGUGCGCCAUCUUCCCAGCACACCAGACAUUCUGCGCAACAGCGCCAGCGACUAUCGUGCAUCCAUUCUCUCCUCACCGCCGCUCGCUCUAGCUGUUACUCGUGAACGCGCCUACAUCUGGGAUUACACCUCCCCAAUUCCCGUCGCACACCCAAAGACAUUUGAUGUGCCACGACCAGCUCGCUCCACCGACCCUCUCCCUCUUGCCGCUCUCGUUACAUCACCUACAAGAGAUAUCGGACUAGUGGUUGUCUCUGCAGUCACCGGCAAUGUCACCUACUGGCAAAACAUAGACACCGCCGAGUCCUUGACUUUGUUCAAUCAGCAAAAUACAGCCGUGAACGGAAACAUCGGCUCAUUAUCCGGCGGUGAGACUAUCAUCCAUCUCGACUCAGCCGAUCAUGCCGGAUUUAUCGUCACACUCAGCUCGGGUCGCAUCGCUCAGAUGAGCUUGAUUGAUGACCAAGGCAGACCAAAGGUUUCGGCACAUUUCUUGCGGUCAACCGAGGCCGCCAGCAGUAGUGGUCUGUUCGGCAGUCUCAAGAACGCUCUCGGAGUUGGCCCUUGGAAACGCGACAUUGUUUCGGUGCGCACUCGCCCGCUUCCUGCCAGACGCGAGAUUCAGGCAAUUGCUGCCACCGAGACUGGCCAAGUCUACACCUGGCAUUUGGCUUGGUCUGGCCAACCCACUUUCAGAGGCGCUUUUAAUUUCCGCCAAUUCUUGCAGAAUGAGCUGGCAGCUUUGUUGGGCGAGGAUAACAUCAGUCUGCUCGACAUGGUCAUUACCCCUGCAUCUUCGGCCGCCGACGCUCCAUUACAAUUGGUCUUGCUCGUCCAGGCUGGCCCUGCUUCAUCCCCAUUGUAUGCCAUGGCCCAAGUCACCAUGGACGGGCAGGAGAACGCUCGUCUUGACGGUAUCAUCCCAAUCAACACUGUAUCACCGGACUCUCCGGCCACCUCUCGUCCACGCCUACUUUUACCCAACCCUGGACACACUGCUUUCAUCAUAUUUGAACACGAGAUCAUUGUCGCUUCCAUCACAAAUUCGGGUCCCUUCCAAGAUGCUAUCCGCCUACGAUCAGAUAAGCAUGUCACCAUUGAGGGAGCUUGCGAAGAAGAUUUGAUCGACAACAAGGGUACCUCAUCUUGUGCCAUCUUCAUCAAGGGUCACGGACUUGCUCGUAUCUCUGCUUCGUCUACUGAUGUUGCUCAUCCAUCGAUCAAGACCAAAAUUGAGCAGGCCAUUUUCUACGGAACCAUGUCAGAUAAUAUUCUCGACUUUUCCCGCAAACCCUACGAUCGCUACGACCUCGAAGAGACCGAAACAGCUGCACUACUCAUUAGUGAUGAGAUUCUGCGCUCUACUUCUCAAUUCAUUCCACCCCUUGCCUCAUCCAUGGAAGCACAUCUCCAGAAUCGCAUCAAGGCGAUUCGUGCUUUGAUCCUUCAUCUCCGCAGCGACUACCCUCCUGUAUCCAAAUCGACAUCGUGGAAGCUCUUGCUCGACGCAGAAAGAUUAGCCGCUGCCCAAGCCAUCUGGACCACAUACGAAGAGAACUCACCCAAAUCUGCUUUACUACCUAUCGUCAUCCAAGCAUAUUUCAGAUCUCGUCCCAAGCAAUUAUCCGUGGACGACGGCGCCGAUCCAAUGAGGCAUUGGUUCGUUAACGAGGUCAGUGGCAUCGACAGGCUGCGUACCCACAUUCUGAUGUCCAUCAUCACACUAAAUGAGGACGGAAAGCGUAAGAACCUGAUGCGUUUUGUCAGCGAAGCCAACGACGUUUUGUUCAGCCUUUAUGAUGCCGUCUUCAAGUUCCGUACCGACAAUGUCGAAAUUUAUGGCUUGGAUUCGACAUUGUUCAGUGACGGCGUGCUGGAAGAAGGCUAUGAGGACCUCAUAGAGCCUUGGACUUCGCAGAAUGAGGUUCUCAAGGCUCUGAACAGAUUUAUUGACAUCUCACGCGAUCUUGCUAUUGAUGCCUUCGACGAGACUUCUGGAGACUCGGAUGUCGUGGUCGUCGAAAAGGUCGUUAACGAGAAUGUUCAUAUGAUCAAUGUUCUUUGUCUCUGCUACCGGGAACGGAUUGGGUACAUAAAGGUGCACGAUGAGAACGGCCAGGCCCAAGCCAGAAACCUCGCAAAGAUUUUCGAGCAGGCACGCUCGCACCACCUGCGCUCUCUCAACAAGAUCGGUCAGUCUGCCGCCGGCAUCGGUAUUGCCGAGCACUACAAAGACAUGCAGACACUGGUGCUGCUGGUCAUCAACGAAUCUCAAUUCAUGUCCACCGUCCUGAACGACCCUGGAGUUGUAGCUCACGAUAGGGAAGAGACCCAGGUCAAGAUGGACAAGAUGCAAGCCGGAGUUCAACGCUACUUCAAGACAUUCGGCGAGGAAUGGGCCAACGCCUUUUUUGAUACCCACCUGUCCAACUACCGUAGCUAUGGCUUAUUAGUGGAGGCAGAGAAGUUCCGAAAACCUCUGACAGGCUACCUUAGAGCCGAGAAAGCUCGUGGUCGCCUAUGUUGGAUCAAUGAUGUACUUCAAGAGGGCGACUUCCAAGAAGCAUCGACAGCACUGACAAAUCUAGCCCAAGAGCAAGAGGUCAAAUUCUGGAACAAGAAAGUUGAGCUCUCGCUUGCGAAGCUGACAUCUUUGGCUGCUGCUGAAGAGACCGGAAGCAAAGGCAAUGCGGAACUGCUCAAUGGAGACUUGACAGUGGUCAACACACAAGAAGCUAUCAGACAGCACCUGCAAUAUAUUCUGUACGCAGCAGUUGAUAUUGAGGCAGAGGUUCAACUGGCAUGUGAUGCUUACGCAGCGUACCUCCAGUUGAAGACUCCUGCGUUGUAUGCACUGCUCGAGGCAUCGUUCGAACACAUGCUGAGGAAUGAGGCCUUGUCAGUGGAGGAGGUCAUUGACAUUCUGACACUGAUGGAUACCAAGGACAGCGAAGACAAUGAAGCCAAUAUCAUUGGCAAGCAGUUCUUGAUGGCCCUACAGGUGCUCGAGGCUGGCAAGUCUAGAAUGGAGGAGGGAAGAUUUGAGACAAAUCUCCGCAUGAUUUGGAAGAGAUGCUACCUGCAAGAUGACUGGGAAUUCAUCAACAACACAAGAAAGCGGACAGACAAGCUGAUCUCGAGGCACAUCAGAGACACGUUUGCAUGUCAGACCAUGAUGCAUGGUCUGGAGCUUUGUAAGUUGACAAGACCAAAGACGAGAACUUGGCUGACGUUUGACACAGCAUUGUUCCACCCAGGCUCAGGCAUCCGCAUGAUGACUCCUAGCGAGACACUGGGCGCAGGAUGCACUGCGGAGGAACUUCAAAGCAGAUUCCCACAAGAAGAGCUUCGUGACCCGAUCAUGCACGACAAUUUGAUUCAGGACAGGAAACUACAGUCGCUGAUUGAAAGAUCAAAUGCGGAUCAUUGGCAUGCAGUGUGUCUUGAAGAAGCCAAGAAGAAGCUGGAAGAAGAAGCCGCGGCAAAUGUGCAGGAGGAGGCAGCUGCUCAACAACUGAAACAGACGUUGGAGGAAGCGGAAAACGAUGGGGCGGUGGUUGCGGAGACGAACACAGACGCACCAAUGGCCGACAACAAUGAGGCUACCGAGUCAGAGCAACAGACGGAGGAUGACGGCGAUGUACAAAUGGCAUAAGCGGGAGUUUAGUUAAAUGAUAGGGCAUGGCUCGACAGGUGGUCGAAAGUACAAGGAAUUUUUGGGAUUUGUUCACAGACGACAAGCGAAAUUUGAUUGUCUAAAGUUCCGUGCACAAGAAAAUAGAUUGAGCGUGUUCGGGCGCCGUGCAGGGUGUCCGCUUGACGAAAUCUGAAG